CUUUAACUUUCCGGGGUCAUUUUAGCGUUUGAUUGCAAGGAAUGUUGCAUGUAAAGAAAAGCGUGUAAAUAACCUUGCAUUGUUUUUUUCAUUACAACUGGACAAGUUUGAAGACAUCGUAUUUUUGGAUUAAAUUGCUAUCAGUUAUCCAGAUCAUGCAAGAUGUCAUGGUUGUCAGGACUGACAGGUAAAGCUGAGGAUUUUCUUAACAAGUUGGACCAGUCAGCAGCCCAAGCUCUGACCAAAACUGAGGAGGAGGGUCUCCUGAAUACCUCCCUACCCGUCACAUCUGGCCGCCACACCCCUCCCUCCUCCCUGUCAACACGACACUUACAACAAGCAGGGUCCCAGAGUGUCCCAGCCAAGACAUCAAGAACUAGUGGUGAUUUCUCCUCAUAUGGCGUUAGUACACCCGUAAAACCAAGCAAACUCCAGACUAGUGGAACUCCUAAAACUGUGAAACCUAAAACUACAGAAACUGCCACCAAACAGGCACCACCAGAGCCAAGUGUUAGUCAGGAUGUGUCAUCCAAGAAGAAAAUAGAUACAGAUGCUGCUUUGUUUGACUUUCUUAAUAGUCCCGAACCAUUAGAGACGAAAAAGGCAGAAUCAUCAGAGACUAAAAAGAAGACCACACCGGCCAGUAGUGCUAGACAUUCCAGACAAUCAAGUACAUCCUCAGUGGUUUCAAACAAGGGUGGAAAGGUCAUACAAGAAAGUGACACCCCUGUUUCCACCAGUGGAUCAUCUAUUGUUCACAUAGAAUCUCUGCCAUCAGGCUCAGAUCCUGGAGACAGGAGUCCCACUGAGCUAGAUGGCACCACUGAUGUGGCCGCCCUGGCAGACGCCAUGAUGGAACAGAGUCCUAGCAACAGUGUCCAUAGCAACCAGGAGGUGGAGCCACAUGGUGAACUAGAACAGAAAGUCUCAUCACUAGAACUGGAAAACAAACUCCUGAAAAAUGAAGUGUCUUCACUGAACCAAGAAAUGGCAACUGUUCUUCAGAGGUCCAAAGAUGCACAAAGUGAGGUGGAGCAGAUGAGGAGGAAGAUGGACAAUUAUCAGAAGACCCAGUCCCAGUCUGACCAGUUGGUGAGGGAGCUACAGUCCAGGGAGUCGGACUUAAUGGAGGCCCUACAAGCCAAGGACUCCCAGUUAGGAGUUCUCCGGAUCCGUCUGGAGGAGGCAGACAAACAGAUGGAAUCCAAACAGAGGAGCAUCUCCGAGCUGGAGGAGGAAAGGGGCAGGAUAUUGCGGGACCACAGUGACUCUUCCGGAGUACAUAGCCAAGCUCUGGAUUCUGUUCAGGCCAAACUGUCGGAGGUAGAAGGGGCACUGAAGAGGGAGCAGGAUGCCCUCAAACAAGUACAGCAAGAAGCCUCUGAUCGACAGAGCAGACUGGAACAGGAACAGAGAAGUCUGGCCGAUGCUUUGACAACGGCAGACAGGAGAGCAACGGAGGAGAAAAGUAAAGCAAGUGAUCUGGCCAAUCAGCUGAAGGCAGCCAAGCAGAGUGCUGACAGUGCCAGACAAGAGCUGGCAGAUUAUAAAGAGAAAGCAGCAAGGAUUUUACAGUCCAAGGAGCGGCUGAUAGCCAGUCUAAGGGAGGGGUCAGGGGCCUCUGGGGAGUCUAUGGGUGUGUCUAACCUAGAGUAUGACUCCGUGAAGCAGGAACGAGACAUGUUUAAAGAGGAAUUACAGCAGUACAAAAUGACAGUCGAGAACCUGAGAAUGGAGCUUUUGGACAUGGAAACCCAACUUCAACAUGACAGUGACACUGCUAAUGAACAGAUUAGAUCUCUGGAGGACAAUGUCCACAGUGAAAAACAGAGGAGAGAGGACACAGAGCAGGAACUCUUGAAACAAAAACAGGAGUUACAGUACAACAUAGAGGAGCUGAGGAAGUGUAAAAUGAAUUACCAGACCUGUAUCAAGGACAGAGAGGCAGAGAUUGAGAAACUUAGAAACCAGAUCAUGACCAAGUCAAUGAGUUCAUCUACUGAGAAUGAGCUGGAGGCUCGAGUAAAAACACUGACAGAAAGCCUUAUACAGAAACAAACAACACUGGAGACACUGAGCACACAGAAAAACUCACUGGCCUUACAGUUAGAGAGAAUGGAGCAACAAUACAAGGAUAUCCAGUCCUCUUCAUUGAGGACAAACACCACAGUUGUCAAUGUACAUGAUGACGAAGAAGCAGUCCGACAGAGGUACCCAGGCUUUAUGAGGGAGACACCCACAGAUCAUGAAGUCACAAAGAAAAUGAAGAGGGCUGCUAAUGUCAUUGACAAAUUCAGCAUAAGACUUGGAGUAUUCCUCCGGAGGUAUCCUAUUGCCAGAGUGUUUAUCCUGAUGUACAUGGUGUUGCUUCACAUUUGGGUGAUGAUUGUACUUUUGACAUAUCAACCAGAGAUGCACAGUCACGGUCCAGGAAGCCCCGUCCAGCCGGAACCACCUGGCCCAGGGCAAUAAUCACAAGGGGUCAAGGUCAUUAUAACGGCUGUGAUAAUCCAUAUCUGUAGAUUCAAAUAAGGGCUGACAGUGCAAAAAACAUAUAUAAAGGGGCUUUUUUAUAUUUAAGUGCAGACUCUGUUUAUGUGCUUUCAAAGCACAAAAAAAUAUUAAGUGCAGUAUUUGAUUUGCAAAGGUAGUACAUUUACCUGUAUAUUGAGUAAACUGUUUUCAAUUCAUUUUCCUUUAGUGGUUGAGUGGGGGAAUAGAUUCCAUCGUAAAAGUUUUGGGGGAAUAGAUUCCAUCGUAAAAGUUUUGGGGGAAUAGAUUCCAUCGUAAAAGUUUUUCCUCUGCAUAAUAGGCUUAAUUACAAACUGAUACUGAAUCAUUUUAAGAUGCCUUUUAGCAGAUGAUAUACAUGUAUGAUAUACAUGUAUCAAACGUGCAUUUAAAAUUUCCUUCUUUCCAAGCAAAAAUACUUUUCAUCUUUCAAUUAAAUUGUAAAAUACCUGUAUUAAAUUUUUGGCAUUGAUUAUGCUUUUUGUAUUAUACAUGUGUAUCUUUUCAAGACUGAUUCAUUUCUUGGUGACUGUAAUUGUGAUAUUCUGAAAAAAAAGAGGGAUUUCAUUUACAGUUAUAUUUCUGUCAUUUUUGUAGGUGUUCAUUAAAACUUGCAUUGAAAAUAAUUGACAUACCUGAACAUACGUGUGGGUUUUUUUCAUCUUGAAGACUGUAAAAUCUACAUAAUUUCAUAAUUAUGAUUGAAUGUGUCCAGUAUUUAGAAGUGAUCCAGUAGCAUACAUUUUAACACAAAUGCAGCUGAACUUUUAUUGAUUUUCACAAAACAUGAGUUAUGAUGAUGAAAUGUUGGAACAAGAUCUGAAAAACGGGGAAUGGCCAUUCUAGCUUUUAUGAUACAAUGUAAGUAUGAAAAGUAAUGAAUAUGUUAAAGAUAUGUGAUAGAUUACCAUUUCUUAAAAGAGAAAUGAAAGAUAUGUUGUUGUAAACAGGAUAUAUUUAUAAGACAAUGAUUUUAUGUUGCAUUAAAGUAUACUGGGUA